UCAAAGUUGACACAAUGAUGGAGAAGUUAGGAAUAGAAAUGGUUGAACAAUGUGGGGGCUUACCACUAGCCAUUAUAGUACUUGGAGGACUUCUAGGAACAAACUUGACCCUGAGCCAUUGGCAGAAAGUGCAACAAAAUUUUAAUACAUGAGAAGAGGAGGAGGACAAGAUGGAAGAGUAUUGGAUGUGUUAGCUUUGAGUUACCAAGGCUUACCAUAUCAGCUCAAGGCAUGUUUCCUUUAUUUGGGCAAUUAUCCUGAGGAUUUUGACAUCAAUGCAAAGAGACUAUAUCAAUUGUGGAUGGCUGAAGGCUUCAUAUCCCAAGAAGAAAGAAGAGAAGACGAAACCAUGAUGGAUGUGGCCGAACGUUACAUGGGUGAACUAGCACAAAGGUGCAUGGUUCAAGUGGAAUUGCAGCCAGAUGAGGAUUCAAUAAUUACAGGAAAUAGAGGGUUUCGAUAUUGUCGACUUCAUGAUCUCGUGAGAGAUUUAUGUUUGUCAAAGGCAAAAGAGGAAAAUUUUCAUCAGGUCAUUGAAUGUGGGCAUAUAAAUCAGCAAGAGCAUCCCUCUUCUUCAUCCAUGGUAACAUCAAUUGGUGGUAACACUUGCAGUAAAAUACACAGACUUGUCAUCAAUCUAGAUGGGAAUAGUAACUUUCAUCUCUUUGAACAAGAAGAAAGAGCUCGGCAUAUUCGGACAAUUUUAUUCUUCAUAGGUGAUGAUUGUGAUUAUUCAUUUGGAGAACAAUUGACCCGUUUCUCCAAAGAAUCCAAAUUUCUUAGACUUAUAAAUUUCGAUGGAAAUCCAUUUGAUAGAAAAAGAAAGGACCAAAAGAGUUACCAAAAGAAAUAGGAAACCUAAUCCUUUUGAGGUACUUGGGUAUAAAUAGGGGUGCAUUCACAAAGUUGCCAUCAUCAAUAAGCAACCUUAGACACUUGCAAACCCUUGAUUUACGAACAAACUUCCAUAUCAGUGUUCCAAAUGUGUUAUGGAAGAUGGAAGGAUUGGUACAUCUUUAUCUUCCUUAUCGUUACUUUUGUACAGAAGGCAAACUACGAGUAGAUGGUUUGAGGAAUCUGGAGACGCUACAAAACUUGGAUUCAGAUAAGGUUAAUGUUAGAGAUCUCUUCAAAUUAACCAAUCUCCGGAGUUUGGAGAAUGUAUGCAUAGCGGGAAAGCUUGAGGACCUAACAAUGGCCAAUAACUACAUCCUUAACAGCAAACAUCGACUAUAGCACACAUCCAUUAAAUUUCUACAUUGUGAUUUGUGUUCAGAAGAUGGAUUACGCCUCCUGAGACAAUUGCUUGGGUGUGUUUGCCUUGUUCAAUUGCGUAUAGAUGGGAUUAUAGGUAAGUUACCACAAUACGAACACCAGUUAUUAUGCCCAAGACUCAACUAUUUAUCCCUGCAGAACUCUAAACUUGAGGAAGACCCAAUGGCAACACUGGAGAAGCUGCCUAACUUAAGGAUUCUAUCCUUAGAAAGAGCCUUUGUAGGAAAGGAAAUGGUUUGCUCUGCUCAUGGUUUUCCUCAUCUCAAGCAUCUAACGCUUUCGUGUUCACAAAUUGAGGAAUGGAGGGUGGAUGACGGAGCCAUGCCUAAACUUUCUUAUCUACUGAUUGCAUGCUGCAGGAAAUUGAAGAUGCUUCCGAAUGGAUUGACAUUCAUCCCUACCCUCCAGGGAUUGCAGACUGUCGCUAUGCCUAAAGCAUUCAAUGACAGGCUCCGAGUGGUCGAUGGCCAAGAAGGAGAGGAUUUUCACAAAAUUAGCCACGUCCCUUCCAUUCGUUUUGACGGUGAAGACUUUUAAGAAGAUGAAGGCAUUGUUGUUAGGGAGGCUCUUGUCUUUGUUGAAGCUGAAGGGUUAAGGUAAUAAUUGUUGAAAUUGAAGCUCAGCAAAUUGUUCAUUAGUUAAAUUUUAUGUAUAGAACUGGUGCUAAUAUAGAGGAUAUGCUAGCUGAUUGUCAUAUAUUUGUUUUGUAUUUUCUCAACUCUUGU